GUUAAUUUCGUUAUUUGUUCGCGCAUUGUCGAUAUGGUACGCUUGCGUUUUCACACUAUCGCUGUCGUAUAUCGAUUAACCAGUUUCGAAAUACGUUCACCUGCGCGUUACCGCCAUCGUGCCGUCGUCGUCGCUACCAGCAAAGCAUAGCAUAACAUUUAUCUACUCGUAUCACUUACUUACGCUAUCGCUAUUACCUACGUCCAGUACCUACGCCGUGAACGUGAAUUUAAAAACGACCGCCAAAAGUGCCAGUGAAUUUUCAUUUUUCUUUUUUUUUCUCUCUAAUUUUUCAUUUUCACUCUCCUUUACUGUGAUACGUGGUACUUGUGAAAUGUGCUUUAAUCAGUUUUCCAAAUUAUGUCAUUCUCUAGCAUAGCUGUCGUAGUUUUGAUAGUUUGUUACCGGCGCAGCGAAGUAAAAGCUCGGCCGCAACAUGAAGAAAACGCAUUCGUACGGAAAGCUGCGUCGCUGCAUACGCGCGGUCAUUUCGAUGAGGACAAUUUGUACGUGGAUUCGACAAAUGAAAAAUACGAGUACCACCGCAGUGACCCAUCAACGGUGAAGGCCAUCGCAACCGCAACAGCAACAGCAACAGCAACUUCAACGCCAUCCGCCGCCUCAACGUCGCUCAAAGUGGCUCGCGACGGUUCGUUACGAAAUUUCGCUCCAUCGUCGUCUUACAAUUUCGAUAGUAUCGGCAAUUUGGACGGUGCCGCUUCGUCGUUGAACGGAUUCUCGUCCGGAAAUAAUCCACCGUUGCCACCUGCGCCACCACCGCCAUCAUUCGCCUUUCCACCAGGCGGACCAGGAUUUGAACACUUUGGCGCAUCGUCCUCAUUUGGCGGAUCUGGAGGAGGCGGCGGCGGCGGCGGAGGUUCGCAUUUCGAAGGAGGUUCGACCAAUUUCGGAGGAGGAUAUGGCGGUGAUGGAGGAGGAGGAGGAGGAGGAGGAAGCGGUAGUUCGGAAGCGGGAUACCACAAUGUGCAACCGGUUAUCCAUAAAUCGGUGUACGUACACGUAGCCCCCCAAGAAGACGAAGUGCCAAAGCAGAAAAUCAUAUUACCCAAAAUCACGCCGAAAAAGAAUUACCAAAUCGUUUUCAUCAAAGCGCCGACGCCUCCUCCACCGGCAGCGCCGGUAAUACCGCCAUUCCCGCCGCAAUCCGACAAAACGUUGAUUUACGUGCUACAUCCGAAACCGGAAGAGGCUCCACCUAUCCACAUUCCAGCGCCGCCUCAGAACGCUCCGGUAAAACCGGAAGUCUACUUCAUCAAGUAUAAAACGAAAAAGGAACAAGAAGAGAACAACGGAUUCCAUCAUCGAAGAUACGGACGAGACGGCUUCGAAGAUGAGGGGGAUGAGGAGUCGCUGGACGUUACGGAUUCGACGUCGGCCACCAGAUCGUCAGCUUUGCCAGAGUCAGACGCAGAUGCGGACGCUCCGCUAACCACCCAAGCAGUCGAAAAUCAGUACAACGAAUCCAACGAAGACGCUUCCGGCGAAAGUUCCAACAUAAUUGGUCGCAUUUACGCCACUCCUCAACGCGGAGGCAAAAACGCGCAUUAACCUUUACGAGUUGUGUCUACUUGACAGCCAUCUUGAAUCUGUCAUAUCAUCAACCAGUUACCAGGAGUGAUUGUUUUGCAUUUUUUUUUUUUUUGUUUUUGUGUGUGUAAAAUGGAAAAUCGGAUAGGGCGUGGCACCAACAUUUCAUCUACACCCCGUAAGGCCCGUAAGGCAGUUGAAAAAUGCAGUUUUCUACGUUUGGGCAUCGCAAUAUUAUUUUUCACCGUAAAUGAUGUUUUUUUGGCGAGACAGCCUCAUCCAAGACCACCUUCAACAGUCUUUUGUCAAGUUUAUAAGUAUCAAUCAAGAUUAGCCGAUCAGAUCAGUUCAGACCCAAUCACAUCCAAUCGUUUCUCGCCACGUAUGACAUAUUUGAAGAAUAGCGAAAAGAAAUAGGAAAUUUUUAUGAAACGUGCGAAGGUAUAGAUCGAAAUUUUGUGCCAAGAGUAGGGUAGAAGGAUGGAAAUUAAGAAUGAACAUCAAACGGUGUACGCACUCUAACUGUAAUACAAUUGCAGUUAAAGAAGACGAAUCGGCUUAUGAUGCACUACCUAUAGGCCUACCUAUGUGAUUUAUGUACAAUAGAAAGAAAUAUUUACACGUAUGUAUACUUACCUACAUCAACUUUUAAACAUAAUACAGCCAAUUCUUAAUUGUU